AUGGUGGUCUGCAAAUGUCGCAAGGCUACUAAGUUAUAUUGCUUCGUGCACAAAGUUCCUGUCUGCGGGGAAUGUAUCUGCUUCCCGGAGCACCAAAUUUGCGUGGUCCGAACUUAUUCAGAAUGGGUUAUAGAUGGGGAGUAUGAUUGGCCUCCGAAAUGCUGUCAAUGUCAGGCUGAUUUAGAAGAGGGGGAUGGAUCUGAAACAACUCGACUGGGCUGCUUGCAUGUUAUCCACACAAACUGCUUCAUCUCGCAUAUCAAGAGUUUUCCUCCACAUACUGCCCCAGCAGGAUAUGCAUGUCCUUCAUGUUCUACUUCUAUAUGGCCUCCCAAAAGUGUGAAAGAUUCGGGAUCACGUCUUCAUUCCAAGUUGAAAGAAGCCAUAAUGCAGUCUGGUAUGGAAAAGAAUGUUUUUGGAAAUCAUCCAGUUUCAAUGACAGAAUCACGAAGUCCUCCACCCGCUUUUGCUUCAGAUCCAUUGAUUAGUAGGGAAAAUCAUGGAAACUCCGACUUGGUUGAUGGAAUCUCACCUGCAACGGGGUCAGAACUACCUAAACUUACAGUGGCAGAUAUUAUGGAGAUAGAUGAUGCUAAUUCAGCAGGAAAUUUCAUAAAAAACUCAAGUCCUGUUGCUCCUGGUGCCACCACAAGGAAGGGCUCAGUCCAUGUUGAUCGACAGAAUUCUGAAAUUUCUUACUAUGCUGAUGAUGAAGAUGGGAAUCGGAAAAAGUACACAAAACGAGGUCCAUUCCACCAUAAGUUUCUUAGAGCUUUACUUCCUUUCUGGUCUACCUCCUUACCUACACUACCAGUGACUGCACCUCCAAGGAAAGAUGCAACAAAUGCAACUGAAACCUCAGAAGGCCGCACACGGCAUCAAAGAUCAUCGAGGGUGGACCCAAGAAAAAUUCUUCUUCUGAUUGCAAUUAUGGCUUGCAUGGCAACUAUGGGUAUAUUGUAUUACAGACUGGUGCAACGGGGUCCAGGGGAUGGGCUUCUUAAUGAUGAAUAA